AUGGCUGAAGAUGAAAACUCAAAUUUAUCUCUAUCGUCAUUUCAAACACUAUUUACAAAUAAAAUAAAUAUAAUAAGUGAUAAAAUGUUUGUAACUUUUCUUCAAGAUUUAGUUUUUAUUUAUCUUACAAUAGAUGGUAUUUAUGCUAAAAAAGUAUUAAUUGAUAAUGAUGAUGAAGCCAGAGAAAAAGGAUUAAGUGAAUGUAUUGUCAUAUAUGAUAAAGCAAUUAAUCUUCAUUUAAAAAUAAUUAUGUAUCAGGAUAAAAACUUGUUAAUUUAUGAAAAACUUGGAAAUGUCCAUGAAUUAAAUAAGAAUUUAGAAAAUGCAAUUAAAAAUUAUGAAAAUGCAUUAGAGGAAAUUAACAUAUUUGAUAAUACAUUAGAAGAUGUAAAAACGAACAAGUAUGCUUUAACUUAUAAGCUUUUCAAUUUUGAUUAUAGACUGGCUUCAUCUUCUGACAUGUCUCGAUUUGAACACAAUGAUUCAAUUUCGUCGAUGAAGAUAAUUGAUGGUGCAUAA